AUGUCGCCGGCGGCGGCCGUGCACUUGCGGUCUCCGAUCCAACCUUCCUCCAUGCAAAACCCCAAUUCAAUUCCUGAUGCAACCUCUCAUCCGCCUUUCGAUCACUCGGCUUUUAGUUAUGCUCAUUUCUCUGAGAGUGGUGAAAGAUUAAACCCUUCAGCUUUCGGUAAUGCCAGCGGCCUCGGAUUCGCUACGGCUUUCGCUCAGCCUGGACUAUCGGGUGCAGGUUCAACAGCUUCGUCUAGGUCGAGGCCGAGGCUUGCGAAGUUCAGGAAGCAGUCAGCGUCUCAGCAUGCGAGGUCCAGAAGUAGAACCGCCACCGGUGAGUUGAGUUCGGAUUUUAAUCCAUUUCGUUCAACGGUUGGCAGCUCGGAUCAGGUAAAUAGUUAUAAUAGCGCGUCAAACGGGUUUAUGGAAUGUCCUGCUGGAUCAGAGAAUGGUCCCGGAGCUGGUAAUGGUGGCUUCGUAAAUUGUCGGUCGAAGUUCCCGAACACUGGUUUUGUGUUUGGCUCUCAGAGGAGUGAGUUUGCUGUAAAUUUAAAUUCCCAGCAUGUAGUUACAGAAGAAUUGGAUUGCUCCCUUAGCAGAGGGAAGGUAACAAAUGAGAAAGAAACGGAGGUCAGGAAAAGUUAUCCGGUGGAGUUUAUAUUUAAUAGUAAACGGAGUGAUAUGGAAUCAAGUUCACGCCAGGACAGACAAAAAACCAGUGGAAAUUCAGUGAACAUAGCUUCUGGUGACGUGAGAAGCGCGGAAUUGGAUUUGGAGACUGAACAUAGGAAGAGUAGUAGCUCGGGGUUUGUUUUUUGUGCUGAUCAAAAGGAUUCAGGCUCUAACUUAAAUAUCCUGGAGGAAGUGUAUAGUAAAGAUGUGGAGAACUCUGGCGUUGAUGAUGGUGAGAAGACGGAUUGUAAGACUGAACCAGAGUGUGUAAAGAAGGAUAGUUUUGUUUUCGUUUUUGGUGGCAAACAAACUGAUAAAACAUCAACUUUUAAUGUCAAAAAGCAGGAGUCCCUUGACAGCAUGGGAAAGUCCAAUUGCGAUAUGGGUUCUUUAAAUCCCAAGACUGAGACACUUAGUGAUAGUAACAUGCAUCCUGAUCAGGAUUACCAUUUGAGUAAUGGUAAGAGUGGAUCUGGAUGUACUAAUAGUACUGCUAAUGCUUCUAGCACUUUUCCUGCUCCUAGUUUGACAGAUGAAAUGAAGAAGUUGAACAUAAAUAAUUCUGAGAAAGUUAGUGGUGCUGAUAUCAUGGGAAAUUUAAAAAAUUCAUUUGUAAAUAGUGACAAUUGUUUUGUGUUUGGAAGAAGUGAGAAGGCUACUGUCUCCUCUAGUGCCAGUUUGGGAGUCAGUGCUGAUCUUCAACAGUCCUGUCCUAAUGUUGCUUCAGAGAAUACUGAUGGGGUCAAAACAUGUAAAAGAAAUGAUAUUCAAAAUGGAAUUGGGUGUGAUAUUGCCCAUGGUUCUGCGGGAAUAUCUUUCUCUGAGCCAUCCUCGGGUCAGGAAAGCGUUGGAAAUUUUUACUCAGGCAAAAUUUCUGAGUGUCAAGUACUUGAAGAUUCACAAGUGAAUGUAGCUAAAGCAUCAUUUGGUAUUGACUCUCAAUCAAAAAGUCAUGUCUCCGCAAACCAUUCCAUGGGUGUGGAUCAAGAUAAGCGUUCUAAUGGUUUUACAAACAUCCCUGAAGUACCUGCGGAGCCUUUCGUGGAUUUCAAACCACCAGCAUGGGAUCCUUCUCGUUUUAAAGAAAAUUUAUUUCCUGCAUCAAAUAAAAAGUUAGGAUCAAAACUAAAGGGCAGAUCUUCUAAAGAAAGAGGACCAAAAGAGGUGAGAAGAAAAUUGAAGUCACAUUCCUCAAACAAGAAACAGAUAAAGAAAGAUCAUGUAUCAAAUUACGGAAGUAGCUCGCAUGAUACCCCUGAUUCUUGUGGUAGCUACUCACCCAUGGAUUUUUCUCCUUAUCACGAAACAAGAGAUGAUGAUCAAGAUAUUAAAGCUUCAGCACAGUUAAAUGAACCAUCAAUCUCAGACCACAACCAUGUGCCCUCAGAAGUUCCCAUUCCCUCUGAUUAUAAAGAUCAACAUUCGGUUACUGUGGGGGGCAGAGAAGAUAUUUAUACACAUAAUUCCAAAAGUGGAGAUCCAAAUGAGAGCAAGCCUUCAUCAAACAAUGGAAAUUCUUCUAUUGGUGAUUCCCAAUCAUUUGGCCCUGAAGCAGCCUGUCCUAGUUUGAAUAAAGAACAGGCCUGUAGCAGUAGUAGAGCUGGAGCUUGUGCAGAUGCUGGGGCUGCCUUUAGGUCAAGCACUGAUCAGUCUGGCUUUGCUCCCAGCCUUGGUGAUCCAACACAGAAUUAUUUUACAUUUUCUGCAUCAUCAACUAGAGAGAGUACUGUUUCAUCAGUUAAGCGCAAACAGAAGAAGAAAUAUAGGAGGAAAGUGGGAAUUGACUCGUAUAUUAUCUCUCCAAAUAUGAAUGAAAAGUUUGGAUCUCCUGUUCCAAUUUCACUGUCGCCGUACACUGAUGUAACAAUGAAUAGAUCUGAGAAUAAUGAUCCGUUGAAGGGGGGGGAUUUUGCAUCGUUGCCUACAACUCAAGAAAUCUGCGAAAAGUGGAAACUCAGGGGAAACCAAGCUUAUAAAGAUGGGGAUCUUUCUAAAGCUGAGGACUUCUAUACAAUCGGAAUAAAUUCUAUCCCUCCAACUGAAAGGUCUGGGUGCUUGAGUAAGCCUCUUUUACUAUGCUAUAGUAACCGUGCAGCUACACGAAUGGGUCUCGGGAGGAUUAGAGAGGCUCUGGGGGACUGCCUCACGGCUUUCACUCUUGACUCCACCUUCCUGAAAUUACAGAUGAGAACUGCAAACUGUUACCUUUUGCUGGGAGAGCUAGAAAAUGCUCAGCAGUAUUUCAAUAAGUGCUUGGAAUCAAGUAAUGGUGUUUGUUUGGAUCGGAGAGUCACUGUAGAAGCAUCUCAAGGCCUACAAAAAGCUCAGAAUGUGGUUGAGUGUAGAGAUGGUGCUUCCGAACUCUUGAAAAGGAAGGAUUCUGAUGCAGCUGCCAAAGCCUUAGGACUAAUUUCUAAGGCAUUGUCAAUAAGUUUAUACUCAGAAAAGUUGAUUCAAAUGAAGGCAGAGGCUUUGUAUUUGCUGCGAAAGUACGAUGCAGCAAUACAGCUUUGUGAGCAGAGCCUAUGUCUUGCAGAAAAAAAUUUGGCAAACAAUGCAGAGAAUGUGAAUACUUCCACGCAUGACAGUAACCUGGGUGUCAGAUUGUGGAGGUGGUCAUUGAUAUCCAAGUGUCACUUUCAUGCGGGAAGGCUUGAAGCAUCACUUAAUGUUCUUGAGAAGAUACAGCAAGCUGUGUCCCUCAACAAGUUUGUUGAGGACAUUGAACCUUCGUUGUCAUUAGCUACUACAAUACGAGACCUUCUAUGCCACAAGAAUGCAGGAAAUGAAUAUUUUAAGUCGAAAAAGUAUACAGAAGCAAUUGAGGAAUAUACUGUUGCUUUGUCUAGCAACAUCAAGUCACGUCCUUUUGUGGCAAUAUGUUUCUGCAACCGUGCUGCGGCACAUCAAGCUUUGGGCCAAAUAACUGAUGCCAUUUCAGACUGCAGUGUUGCUAUGGCCCUUGAUGGAAAUUAUGCUAAGGCAAUCUCAAGAAGAGCUACCUUACAUGAGAUGGUUAGAGAUUAUGAGCAAGCAGCUUGUGACCUCAAGAGACUUCUAUCCGUUCUUGAAAAUCAAUCUGAUGAAAAGAACAAGCAGGCUGGCACACCAGACGGGUCAAAUGGAGUUGUGAAAGAAUCUAGGCAAGUGCAUCAGCAUUUGCUUUCGGUGGAAGAGAAAGCCAAAAAGGAAACUCCCUUGGACUUUUACCUUAUUCUAGGAGUCAAACCCACUGAUACAGCAACUGAUAUCAAAAAGGCUUACCACAAGGCAGCUCUCCGACACCAUCCAGACAAGGCUGGUCAGUUGCUGGCAAGAAGUGAAUCUGGAGAUGAAGCCCAAAUCUGGAAGGAAAUUGCACAGGAGGUGUACAAGGAUGCUGAUAGGCUUUUCAAAAUGAUUGGAGAGGCAUAUGCUGAGCUGUCUGAUCCUACCAAGCGCUCAGAAUAUGAUUUUGAAGAGGAGAUAAGGAAAACUAAGCAAAGCAGCAGAGGUGGCACAUGCCGCAGAUCUUCUGAUUUUAAUGGGUAUGGAAGACCGUCUGAUUUUUAUAGAUCUUCUGAUAGAAGUUCUAGCAGACGACACGGACGGGAUCAUUGGAAGACAUAUGGAAAUUCAUAUUCUCGAUGGUGAGAGGAUACAGAAGUGGUUGUUGACAUUCCCUGGUCCAAUCUAAAGUGACGCUCCUUCUACUCAUUAAUGAUGAAGACCUUGGAUUCAAUGAUGGUGUGAAAUAAGUGGCUUGGUUAUGGCGUCUCAGGCAUUGUUACAAGUAAUAUAGCAUCAAGCAGCCAAGACAAGGAUUGGGAACGUGGGCUACAAAAUCUUGUUUUGAUCAAUUACAAAGCAGUUUCAAUUAUUUGUUUUGGGGCUAGCAGAGUCUAUUUAUGUAAGGGUUCGAUCGUAUAUAGUGAUGGUGCCAUUUUAGAAUGGUGAAGGAGGGCGGAUGUGAUUAGUCUGUACUUUUUCUGGCCAAAUGAUUAGCCUAUACUUAACAUACGUGUAAUUGCGUGCCUAGGGAGAAGUGGGUCGUCAAUAAAGCUUGAGGCAAUUCUAGGAUAUGGGGUUACUGCACCGCUCGGGCCGGUGUUGAAGAUUUUGGUUUGGACUGAACCGUUGCAGUAGUUUCUCCCUCUUAGUCGUCCACUUGAAUCUGGAUUUUGGAUUUUUUAAUUACUAUUUUUGGUCUUAAUUAUAAAAUCUCAUUUAUAGAUUAUAAAUGAGAUUUUAUUAGUAGAAAUAUAUAUAUUUUCACAAAAGGGUCUGACUUUUCUGUUUCAA